AUGCCCGUGGAACCAGCGGCCCACCGCGGUCCGGACUGUGGGUCGGCGUGCAACGAGUCGGCAGCCACGGCGGGUCGGCAGGGGCCGCCUGCGUUGGUCGACGCCUGGUUGGUGCCCAUCUUCUUUGGCCUCAUCAUGCUGGUCGGCCUGGUGGGGAACUCGCUGGUCAUCCACGUAGUCACCAAACACCAGCAGAUGAAGACCGUCACCAACUUCUACAUCGUGAACUUGGCUACCACCGACAUCUUGUUCCUGGUCUGCUGCGUGCCCUUCACUGCGACGCUCUACCCGCUGCCCAGCUGGGUCUUUGGAGAGUUUAUGUGCCGACUGGUGAACUACCUUCAGCAGGUGACCGCUCAGGCGACGUGCAUCACUCUGUCCGCUAUGAGCCUGGACCGUUGCUACGUGACCGUCUACCCGGCUCUGACCAUCUCCGUGUCCAUCUGGAUCGGCUCUCUGCUUCUGUCGAUCCCCGUCGCCGUGUACCAGCGCCUGGAGGCGGGGGACUGGUUUGGUCCCCAGACGUACUGCAGCGAGGUCUUCCCCUCGGCCCGCCUCCAGAGGGCCUUCAUCAUCUACAGCUUCCUGGCCGUCUACCUGCUGCCCCUGCUCACCAUCGGCGCCUGAUACGCCUUUAUGCUCAAGCGUAUGGGGCAGGCCGGCGUGGAUCCCAUCGACAGCAGCCACCAAUUCCAGGCUCAUGCGCAGCGAGCGGCAGCAGUGCGGGCGCGAGUCUCCCGGAUGGUGGUGGUGAUGGUGACCCUGUUCCUCAUCUGCUGGGGCCCGAUCCAGGUCUGCAUCCUCCUGCAAGCUUUUGGCCUCCGCAGUUACGUUCUGUACAAGCUGAGGAUUUGGGGUCAUUGCAUGUCUUACUCCAACUCCUCCGUCAACCCGCUGGUCUACGCCUUCCUGGGCAACAACUUCAGAAAAGCCUUCAAGCACGUCUUCCCCGCCAUAUUUCUGUGGCGCAUGAGGAGGAGAGUCAGGGUGGGAAACAUGGACCCGGAGGAUCGGGGAGAGAUGGAUCGCCCGGCACCCAAAGGAGAAGCAGAGAUGCCCUUUCUUUCAUCUGGGUCCUAA